AUGAAAGCUGAACGUGCCACUUUAAAGUGGCUGGAGAAUAUCGACGUACCUUCGCCGAAACUGCAUGACUACAGUUUGCGGAAUGACCGCCAAAACAAUGUUGGUGUUGCAUACAUGCUCAUUGACGAGCUUCCUGGGAUACCCUUGUUACACAAGCGGCCAUCAGUUGAGGAAUUACGCCGUGUGUAUGAUAGUUAUGCCAAGAUUCUAUCCACCCUCCAGGGGUUUCCCUUUCACCGUAUCGGCUGUCUAUCUUUCCGGCAAGAUGGCGAUAUUCACGUCGGACCUAUAGUGGGCGAUAAGAUGUACCUUGAGAUGAUAUGCAGUGGUCAGCUUUUUUCUGCGUACCCGAUCAAUGCGUACCUGGUCUUCAACUACCUAAAACAUCUAGCAAGUACCAGCCGAUGGAAUGCCUUAGAGCCAAUUCUCGACGAUGGUCCGUUCUUUCUGAACAUAUGGAUGACACGGGGUUAUCAUAUCCUUGUCGAUGAGCGAUACAAUAUCACUGGGAUCAUCGACUGGACAUAUGCGCGAGUAGUGCCUGCUUUCGAAGCAUAUGGCCUCUCGCUUUGA